AUGUCAGUUCCCAAAUUCGCACUCCCUGGCGACUCGCUCGCACAAACAUCAACACACACACCAAGCACCGGCUCUCACGUCUUCGCCUCUACCAUCCACGCCAGUCUCGCAGGCCCAGUCACUUCCUCCGCACCCUCAAAGAAGGCCACACCCGCCAUUAGCGUCGCAUCUUCCUCCAGCACAUCAACUUCAUAUACAGCCGCCCUGCCUUCGGUAGGCGACAUAAUCCUCGGCCGCAUCACACGCACAAACCCUCGCCAAGCCACCUUGGACAUUCUCGCUUUGGGUCCCACCGGCACACUUGUCCUCCGCGAACCCUUUUCUGCAAUCAUCCGCCAACAAGACAUUCGCGCCACCGAGAUUGACAAAGUAAAGGUCAAUGAGAGUUUCAGGGUCGGCGAUAUUGUGAGGGGAGUUGUGAUCUCGCUGGGAGACGAGAGAAGUUAUUUCGCCAGCACGGCCAAGAAUGAGUUUGGUGUUGUCUUGGCCGUUUCUGAGGGAGGCGAGCAGAUGGUGCCGGUCUCUUGGAGGGAGAUGAGGGAGGUGCACGGUGGAAAGACUGAGUUGAGAAAGGUUGCUAAGCCUGUUUGA